AUGCCACCACUAUCCAAACCCGAACUGGAAUUUACACCCAUACUCAACAGUAACGGUGUUUUUUCGUCCAAGAUAACAUCGAUCUCUAAUACCGACGGUAGCUUCACCAGUUACAAGACCUACACCCUAUCCUUGGACCCUACCACUGGCGAUAAAACAGUCUACAAAGAACACGCUCCUGGUAGCGUCUGGGGUGGAAACCCUAGCGAUAACUUCGACAAAGACACUACCAAGGAAGAUGAGCUGGCCGAGUUACUGCUCGGCCACUUGGUGCUGGAUGAGGCUGAAGAGAUGGCCAAUCGAUCUCCGUGUGUUGCGGUGACUUAA